CAUCGCGCUUUGGUCAUUAAAUCCUGUUAUUAGUAUGAAAGUGAGGCUAUAUUUGAGAGUAGUGUUGUUACUUAAGGGGUUUAGGCCUAUAAGAUUGCUUUGCGUGAUAGAUUACAAUACUAAAUUUCGAGGAAGAAUAAGAAGUAUAGUUUCUACAUAAUAAAUAUAUAAUUUUUUUCUUUAUGUAUUAUCGUAAUUGCAAUGUCCUCAGUGCCCUUAGCGUUCAGUAAGUGGUGCCACGAAAGCUUGACAACCCGCGAGCUGUUUUCCUUUUCUACGGAAGAACGCUGUCUCAGGGCAUAGGAAAUAUACCUUUGAACUACAUUUCAGAGGUAAAUAUUAAUGACGAUUUAAUUUGUUCUCGGUGAAUUUGAUAAUGUCUUGGCUCUACAUGUUUUAAUACUAAAUAUAAGAUACAGACAGUGUGACUGUGAGCUAAUAAGCGGUUUCCCUCGUUCAGACAUUGGAGCCGAGUAGGGUAAAACUUAGGGCCUUUCCUUGAAGUUGAAUGCCAGUCGAUAUGACCCAACCUUCUAGUUGGAAUAGUUCUAGUAGAAUAUUAUUUGUGGCCUUUAUUUGUACAAAAAUAUACCAUGAAGCAAAAGGAAAUCUAUUUCGCUUAUGAAAGUGUGAGUUUUAAUUUUAAAACUGUUUGUUUUUGGAUCCUUAAAUAUAUCGUUAAACGAGUUUGAAACAUAUCCUUCAUUUCACUGUCCAUUAGUGCUAUAUUCAGUUAAGUAAUUUAUACUGGGCGACCGUUUUGAUGACACGAAAGAACCAACAAACAUAUAAUUUAAAAUUAACUGAGUUAAAAAAGUGGAAUAUAUAGUAAAGAAAAAUGAAACCACUUUGGAUGACCUGUUUACUUCUUUCGGCCAUGGCGUCAGUUUCAGCCGACUGCCCUGAAGCUUGUCGUUGUAGGGGCCGUCCAUCAAUUAACCACGGUCACCGAGUCAAGUGCAAUAAAUUAACAAACGUGUCUUCGUUAACACCUGACAAGCUUGCCAAACUUCCAAGGAAUACCGUUUCAUUGAAUCUCAAAGGAAAUGAUAUUUCACAAGUACAAGAAGAAGCCUUUGCAGCAUUUCAUAACCUUAAAAAACUAGUCCUUAAAAAGAAUCAAAUCAGAGUUAUAGAAGAUGGAGCAUUUGAGAACUUAACAUCUCUAGAGAGUUUGGAUCUCUCGGACAAUAAAAUUGGAACCAUAACACCAGGAAUGUUUAGAGGUUUGUCAUCACUUCAGCGUUUAGAGUUAGGUGGGAAUGCAAUAAGUAGGAUUCCAGAAGGAUCCUUUAAGGAGCUGCCAUCACUUAGAAUAAUAGGUCUUGAAAAAAACCCCUUAAUAUGUGACUGCCAGUUAUGGUGGCUUGUUGCCUGGGCAGUGUUGGACAAAAAUCGAAUAACUCUCAAAUCUACUUGCAAGAUUCCACAUGAGUUUGAGAAUACUCAGCUUGUUGAAAUGAAGAAACAUGACAUGCAUUGUAAUUGGCCUCUCCAGUUGCCAGUGUUUGAAUUACAGCCAAAAACGAACCAGCUAGUUUUUGCAGGAGAUUCUCUCACCUUCUUGUGUCGCGUAUCCAACAUAGAACAAGAUACUCACUUAACCUGGAUUCAGGAUGGCGAAACAAUCAUGGCCGAUCCACUAGGAAGUGUUCUGAUUGAACAACAUAUGAAUGCAGAUAAAAGUGUCAUUGUUAGUUCCCUGUCUCUAAGGCAGCUUCAGACAGGUCACUCUGGGUCGUGGAUGUGUCAUGUAGAGACAUCAAGAGGGAAUGAAUCACUUGGUAUCAGAAUCGUUGUUGUUGCUGAAAAUGCAGGUCGUUGUCCACGCACUGUGACUUCAGAUAAUAAGGGGCAGUAUGUGUGGCCCGAAACACUGGCAGGAAUAACUGUGCAGCUUCAGUGUAUGGGAACGCCAUCUGGUGCCUUAGGAUAUGGUAUUGCACAUGCUUAUCAUACCUGCACGGCGAAAGGUGUGUGGGAAGACUUGAAUACGUCAGGGUGUCCUUAUGUCUCUGAAGUAACAAAAGUUUUGUAUCAGUUUUCUAAAACAAACUUAACCUUGAGUAAAACCAACGUUGUUGACAGUGUGAAUGGCUUGAGAAACUACACUGGCAAUGGUGACAGACUUCAUGACAAAAUGGAUGUUGUUUUUAUUGCAAGAACUCUUGAAAAUUAUCUGGAAUUUGUUCCUGAAUACAAAGAGAUUGCUGAAAUGUUAGUGGAUAUUAUCAAUGCAGUAAUGAAUGUCGAUCGACGCCUUCUACGAGCAGCACAGACUGAAGAUAGAUCUUGUUCAAGGCUAGUUGGAGUUCUCAGACAGUUACCAGAGCUUUCAGUUGACACAGCCCUGAAUCGUUAUCGGAGUAACCUUGUUAUGGAAGAGUUUAUUGUAAAACCUGAAGUGUUUCAAGGAAUGGCAUGCAUAUCACAUACAGUCAGAAUGGCUGGUCAGCCAACUGAUGGUCAACAUUUUUGGCCCAAUAGUCGUGGUUUUUUCAAUGAUAAAUCACUUCAUUGUCACACAGUGAACAUCAGCACAUUGAGGAGAACUAAUGAAGACCAGAGUCUUGAUGCUUCCAUUUAUUUGCCGCCCUCAUUAUUCCGACAGCCAGAUUCCUCCGAGGCUUUAACAAAGGCCACCAGUCACAAAUUACAGUUUCUUGUUUUUCAAAACAGUAUCUUGUUUCCACGGCCAGCAGAAUUAGCUAGACACAAGGACAUCACCUCAGCUGUUAUAACCAGUAAAGUUGCCAAAGUUUUCCUUACAAACUUAACGGAUCCUGUUUAUGUAACUUUGACUGCACCACUUUACACAAAUGAUAUCACACCAGUGUGGUGGAACCAAGAUAUUAAUGGAGGCCAUGGAGAUUGGUCACAUGAAGGUUGUAUGAUUCAGAACAUCCAUGAAAAUCAGGUGACGUUUUCUUGUCAUCGACUAGGAACUUUUGGACUGUUACAAGACCUUGAUGCUCUGUUUCUGGAAUACAGUCAACAACAUGUGCAGUAUAGACUUAGUCAUCCAACCAUCUACUUGGGUUCCUUGAUCACUGUUUGUUGCCUUAUUGUAUCUAUAGUUGUAUACAUUAGCUGUUUCAGCAAGAUUUGUAUGCCAAAGAAGAACAAACACUCACUUCUAAACACCUGGCUAGCACUUGUUCUUCUGUGUUGUUUGUUUGCCCUUGGAGUGAAGCAGGUAGAUAUUCCCCUGGUGUGUCAAGCAAUUGGUCUUUUGCUACACUAUUUGACCUUGUGUGUGUUACUGUGGAUGGUCAUAUCUGUCAGCAACCUUUAUAAGAAGUUAACAAAGAGUGAUCCACCUCAGCCUCCACCUGAUGAACCACUGCCAGACCAUCCACUCCCUCCAAAACCCAUGCUUAGAUUUUACCUGGUUGGGUGGGGUGUAGCUACAAUUGUAUGUGGAAUCUCAGCAGCUGUGCAUCUAGAAAACUAUGGAGGACAUUCCUAUUGUUUUCUGGCCUUCAGUCCAAGUAUUGCAGCAUUCUAUGGUCCAACCUCAGUUUUACUGUUCUUCCUCUGUGUAUUUCUUUUGCUUAUUCGAUGUGUACUGCAAAGUUCUGUGGACUCAUCUGGCCCUCUGUUGGACAACAUUCCUAUAGCCAGCAAUGUGGAUACAGAUCUCACUCACAACAAUAUUGAUUCCCAAGAGCAAGACUCACUAAAAACUGAAAAAGCAUCCACUCUGGAGAGCACUGAAGAUAAUGAAUUUUCAUAUCAUACACAGCUUCGAGCUCAUUUAGUGAUGCUUAUUUUGUUUGUUUGUGCCUGGGCUUCAGGUGCUGUCACAAUAGGUAGAUCUACAGCUGGACAUCUUCCAGCUGAUGACUUAAUUUUUGGUUUAUUAUACUGCCUCUUCAGCAUCUUUCUUGGAGUAUUUGUUCUUGUAUUCUUCUGUUAUUCUAGACAAGAUGUACGUAUGUGUAUUUUUAAAUGGUUAAACUUGAAGGAACCAGACAGUGAGGAAACAGCAGCUCUGUCAGAAGUGGUACCUCCAGUCAGUGGUCAUGAUGCUGUUUCUAGUGAACCAGUUUUGCAGUCAACCAAUAGCCUUCAUUCUUCACACACUAGUAAGUCAAACAAUCCAGUUAUUAAACAAGGGCUAGAUCACAGCAAGCCACCAUCAGUUAAUUUACUUUCAUCCUACCCUAGUGCCACUGACCACUCCUUCAGUGGAGCUGAAAUGUUCUAUGAUCCAAGACAAAGUGUAGUAGCAAAAAAAUUUUUUGAAAAGAAUCGUCGUCAACAACAGUUACGAUUGCUAAAAAAGAAUAACUUGCAAAAAGAAGCAGCCACAAGAAAUAGUGAUAGUGGAAAAACAAAUGACCCCUUUCACAACCAGAAGAGCGAUUCAGAACAAACAAGCAUGUUGGAUGGAAGCAGUAUCGUUUCUGGUAUUCCUAUAGCUUGCAACAUUUUACCAGACUUGUCAAAGUCUUCAGUUGCACAAGAGAAUGUGUGUUUAGGACAGCGAACAGAAGGUGAAGGUGCAGAUUUGAAAGUUCCUUCCAAUAAGAGGGGCAGUAGUCCAAAAAAAUUGCCUGGGUUUCUAUUGGAUGAGAAUAAGAUGCAUAAUUGUUCACUCUGUAGUGACACUUCUCAGGACACAAGUUGUACAAAUUACCCUAACAUACAACAUUAUGCACCAGCACCUUCACCCAUGGGAAUUCCUCCAUGGUUGUCUGGACCACCAACUGACCCAAGAAAACCUAGAUACAUUGGUCAUAAAAAGAAUUCUUGUGUAGAUUGUUCAGAUAGUAGCAGGGUGGCUCCAUCUGUGUUUACCCACAGCUGUUGCUCAGAGCUAACUGAAGGUAGUUACCCACAAACUGUAGGUCAUAAACCAAGGUCUAGAGAGAGAAACAGACAUAGAAGAAAUCGGCGUCAACGUAGUUGGGAUGAUCGGUAUAGAAGAGAACGAGCCAAAAGUCAGACUUGUAAGGAAUGUUGUUCAGUUCACUGUAAUCAGUGUCUUCACGAGCAGUCCUAUCCUAUGGGAAACAUGAGUAGGCAGCGUCACCGAGCAGGUAGCCGUAUGUCUGACAAGUCUCGGCAGUCAGACCACUUACAAGGAAGUCGUCAGUUUACUCGCUCACAAAGUGCUUAUGAACAAAUGGCACGUCAGGUGCUGGAUGACCUAGUGUCAUCUUCAGGAGCAGAUGAAGGUAGUGAAGGCUCAAGAGGAGGAAAGAAAGCAGAGACUUUUUUGUAGCCCCAUUUAUGUUUUUUGUUGUUUUUUUUAUAUAUAUAUUUCAGAAAAAAUGGCAACAUCAGUUUCAUGGUGUGGCUCCAUUGAUUGAGCUGUAGUCAUUGUAUAGUUUUACAACUCUUUGUAUAUAUCAUGCUUUUAGUGUUUCAGUCAUUCAUUCACUUGUAAUUUUUUUUACUGUAUUUAUGUUUAAACAAUACUGCAAAAAGCUUAUGUUAAUAUUGAAAACUUUUGUUCCUACCUCGUUUAUCUUGAAAUGUAAAGGUAAGAUAUGAGCAAUUUAUAGAGUGGUUUACAAUAAAAUGUUUAAAUAUAAAACAAAUUAUUGAAGUUUCUGUAUAACACAAAAAAUAUAAAAGUCAGCUGUUUGUGAAAAGCUAUUGGUCAGUCAUAUUUUCAUUUAAUAGGUCUUAUUACUUGCUGUCUGCUAAGGACACUGAUAAAAAAAAAAAUUUAAAUAUGAUUAUUAUUUAUUAAUUUUUCCAGAAUAUUGU